AUGGAAAAUAGAGAGAUAGAGGGAAAACGAUGUCGGCGAUUGAAGGGAUUUUCAAGGUGUGGAAGCGUUUCAGACAAGUUGAAGAAUGGAUUUACCCCACUGGAGGACUGUGUUAAUCACAAAACAAGAAAAAUAGAGAGAAAAUCAAGACCACAAAGCUACAGAUCAAGAGAAAAAAAAGGAGAGAGAGAAAGGAGAUGA